AUGUUAGUUAGAUGGGAUAACUCAUUUCAUCAAAAAUCAGGGGGUUUAUGGUCAACAGGAAUUAAUCAAAUAUAUUCAGUACCAAGAGUUUAUCUUUCACAAUUAUUAAUUGUUCAUUUAACGAAUAUGCCAAAAUAUGUUUCACAAAUUAUUCAAAUUUGUUUUUUAAUUAAUCUUCGAAUACCGAAUACACGUGUGAAUUUAAUGAACGUUAUUGAGCCAUUAUGUGAAACAGAAGGUUUUCAAAAAUAUUUAGAUCAACAACAACAUGAAUUUAAUAUGUCUCAACAAAAUAUAUCCAUAUUGGAACCAUUACUUUGUCAAGUUCGUGAACGUAUGCAAAGAGUUUAA